AUGAUCAAAUUCAAUAAAGAUCAUUUAAGGAUACUAUCAGAGAUAGAGUUAAAGGAUAAUAAUAAUCUUGCACAUAUCGAUACUUUAUCGGAAAGCUUUUUUGAAUUUCUUAAAAAUGAGGAAAUUUUGUUAAAAACGCGUGCAUUAAAAAAGUGGGAAGAAAUAUGCUUUAUUGAAGGUAUAAGACGUUCCUUAUUUGGAAGAUCAUGGGAAGAAGAUAAAUUCCAGAAGUGGCACAAUCAAAUACAAAAAUAUGUAGAUGAUUUUCAUGCUAAUGUUGUUGAUGAGUAUAAAAAGUUGAAGGAAAACUCUUCUACGGAUGAAGAAUGUUCAAAAUUUUUUAGUAUGAAAAAAAAGGAAUGGAAAAAAUAUAAAGAUAGUACAUAUAAAUUGUUUAAGGAAUAUGUAAAGGAUUAUAAAGAAGAGUGGGAUAGAAAACAAAAUAAAGAAAAUGUACUUUAUCGUGUACUUCGUAAGAGUACGUGA